GUAUGCAAGAUUCCAGUGUCUACAAGAAGUUCAAAGUUGAAAAAGAUGCCUACCUUGCUCUAAUAGUAAAUCCGAGUUUAACCUAGUUGACUGAAACCCUAGCAGAGUGGCAGCGAUGGCGAUGGCGAUGGCGAUGGCAAUGGCAAUGGCAGGAGCGGUAAUGAAGAGACGAAACUACUCUUUUGCACUGCGCAGUCUGAACUUUGCCUUUGAAUCUCUAUCCAUCUUACAUUGUCAUUCAGGCUUUGCAUUAUCAACGCUUGCAGACAAGAAUGACUGUGUCAUUGACCAUUUAGAAAACCCCUUUGCGCAGUUCGCUUGCACUAGAUUUAACAUCUCUUCUGUGGAGAUAGCUCUGAUGUUCAAAUGGGCCCCGACGUUGCAGAGGCUCCAAACGCUCGAUAAGAUUGAGGAAUUUGUUGGAGUCUUAGAAGAAAACGGCUUCAAGCAAGAGCAAAUUGCAAAGAUCAUGAGGAGCAUACCGAAGCAUCUGGCUGCGAGUUGUAAGGAAACGAGGAAUAAGCUUCAACUGCUGAAAGAUUCCGGCAUUCGUGGGGAAAAAUUGGUGAAACUCUUGACGGGUAGGCCAUUGGUAUUGACGUUCAGCCUCGAGCAAAGGCUUAUUCCCACGGUGACAUUCCUCCUAAAUCUAUAUCAGUCUCAGGAUUUGUUUCUCAAAUCUGUAUUAAGAUAUAUGUCAAUUCUGACAUUCAGCGUGGAGAAUACGUUGAAACCCUCCAUUGCAUUCUGGGAGGGCUACGGCUUUCGCGGAGAGGAGCUUACCAAACUUUUGGUUCUAAGGCCGAGCAUUCUGCGCUGUAUUUCUUUCACGACUGCACAACUGGAUCUCAUUCGUAAAAUAGGUAUCGCAAAAGAGAGUAAAUCGUACAAGCAUGUUCUCAUCCUUUUGGCCACUUCUCGCAUGGCAACACUUGAAGCCAAAAUUCGUAAUUUUCAGCUGUGUGGACUCUCGUAUGAGGAAACUAUGGAAUUAUUUAGGCUUAACCCUCAUGCCUUUGGCUUGUCUAAAGAAAAUAUUAGAGCAAAGAUGGACUUUGUUGUUAAGAACAUGGAGCUUCCUCCAAACUCCGUGAUAAAGUAUCGGGAUAUACUGUUCUCUAAUUUAGAUAAACUCGUGAAGCCUAGGUUUUUUGUUUGGAAAAAACUGGCAUCCAUGAAUGGGCUUGAGAAUUGUAACAAGACGCUUCGCAGAAUGUUGAAUAUGCGGGAGGCAGAGUUUGUUACCAAGAUUUUGAAGAGGCAUCCUGAAUCUGCCACAUUACUUUCUAUUUAUGAAAAGGGGCUUGCUGAUGCUUCGAGUAGCAGCGCUUAUACACAGAUCUUAAGGAGAGGUUUUUUUUGAGCAUUUGCUCAUAUAGAUUUGAUAUGUGACAAGUGAAGGCGACUGUAGUAAUUCAUUAUUUCUUAUGAUUGCACAAUAAGAGCCCUUGACCUGGCUGCGAGCAUUUGAGAUGGCAUGGAUUCACCUGGAUGUAUCUCCCUCGCAACACCAGUUUCUCAAUGCAAAUUUUGGGAAAAAUGUGCCGCGCUUGUUGAAAUCCUCUUCAAGCAAGAGCAGAGGUUUGCCAAGAGUCCAACAUCUUCAUGGAGAUAAUUCUGUGUCACAGACAAGCCAUACUUAAUUGUUCGUUGGUCAUGAUGCACAGUCUUCAUAUAUACAUUUUCUGGUAAUAUAAUAGUGAUAUAGUCUUCUUUUUUGUUUACAAAUACACGUUACUUGUGAUUCUGUCAGAUCAAAUUUGUUCCGUACACAAGAACGCAAUGCUUUAUUGCACAGAGCGAUCGGUUAAAAAUA